AUGGCGCCAUGCGUACUCUGCUCGACUCUAUCAGCCGAAAACAGACCCAAAGUACCACGGAGAGCGAUCCUCAAACGACCCAAGACCGGCCAGGCGAUCUGUCGAGAAUGCUUCUAUCUGAUCUUCGAGACUGAAAUUCAUCACACCAUCCUCGGAUUGGGAAAUCAAGAGAAACGUCGAGCUGAGGAGAAGAGAACAUCACUAGAAAGCACGCAACAGGAUCAGGAACUGUCCAACACGGAGAAUGGGAGGAUGAUGUUCAAAAAAGGAGAGAAGGUCGCUAUCGCCGCCAGUGGUGGAAAAGAUUCGACCGUCUUGGCUCAUGUCAUGACGACUCUUAAUGAACGUUACAAUUACGGCUUGGAUCUUUACCUGCUAUCAAUCGACGAAGGCAUCACAGGAUACCGAGACGACUCUUUGGAGACGGUUAAGAGGAACUCGAGCCAAUAUUCACUCCCAUUGAAAGUACUGUCCUACAAUGAACUAUAUCAAGGUUGGACGAUGGACAAGGUGGUAGAAAACGUGGGCAGGAAGAGCAACUGUACCUUCUGUGGUGUGUUCAGACGGCAGGCUUUGGAUAAAGGUGCCGACCUGUUGAAAGUCGACCAUAUCGUCACUGGCCACAAUGCGGAUGAUGUGGCUGAGACUGUUCUCAUGAAUGUUCUGCGUGGUGAUAUCGCUCGAUUGGAAAGAUGCACUGAAAUCACUACUGGUGGCACUGCCAAGGGCACUUCCGGCAUCCCUGUCAAGCGGAGCAAACCAUUCAAAUAUGCCUAUGAGAAAGAAAUCGUGAUGUAUGCUUAUUUUAAGAAGUUAGAUUACUUUUCGACUGAGUGUACUUAUUCACCCGAAGCAUAUCGAGGACACGCCAGAGCAUUAGUGAAAGACUUAGAACGUCUGCGUCCGUCUGCGAUCCUAGACAUAAUCUACAGCGGAGAAUCGAUGGCAAGUGCUGUCAAGAGCAACGUCAAACGUCCCACCCAACAAUCUUGUUUGAGAUGCGGCUCCUUGGCUAGUCAGUUGCUGUGUCAGGCAUGUGCUCUGAUUGACGGCUUGAACGCCAGUAAUAACAAGCUUGGAUCCUCCGAGGCUAAGGUCCACACCUGUGGAGCUGAAUAA